GGAUGACGUCAUGCAGCAGUCCAGUAGAGGCUCCACUUUUUUCCCCCUCACUCAAAUUGUAACCACCAGCAUCAGAAGCGGUGGGGCACAGAAGAGAGGAGCCUUUUUUAUUUUUAUUUUUGCAGCGAGGCACGCCAACGGACGAUCUUGCAUUUGUAUGAUCCUGAUUUUGCAAAAGGAAUAAUUUUUUUUAUCACAGAGAAGACCGCUUUGAUUUUAAGGAUUCUUAAAAAAAAAAAAAAAGACACCACAUACCUCUGUUUGCAUGCUGUUAUUCAGUAAGCAACAUAACGUUACAUGACCGUGCCAUUGUACAACACCUCGUCUUUUUAGGCUGGAAAAGCCUUUUUAUGCAUCGAUUUUAAUGACACAUUCUCUGCUGUGCAUAUUGUCUGCUCAGCUACGUUUGCUAGCGUGUCGGAGGGCGCAAGAAACAACAGACCACGGCGGACAAUCGUGAGGUUUGGAUGAGGUGUUUGAAUCCAGCCUUACGUGAACAAUUGUGAUAUUUCCAUAGGCAAUGUCAUCUUGCAAUGCAAACAUGCUGGCUGUUGGAUUGCUUUACCUGGGAUUAGUUUGUGCAAUAGAGAUUGUAGAUCCCACCAGAGCUACUGAAGCCCCGAAGACAUGCAGUCCGAAGCAGUUUGUGUGUAAAGACCAGGUAACCUGCAUCUCCAAAGGCUGGCGCUGUGAUGGAGAGAAAGACUGUCCCGACGGCUCUGAUGAAGCCGCAGAUAUCUGCCAUCACACCCAGGUGUCACAGUGCCCUCCCAAUGAGUUUGAGUGUCGAGGAACAGAUGUGUGCAUUCACCUGAGCAAGCUUUGUGAUGGCAUCCCAGACUGCUCGGAUGGACGUGACGAGGGGCCGCACUGUCGAGAGUAUGCUCAUAACUGCACCAUCAUGGGCUGCCAGUACAACUGUUCAGUGACGCUGUCGGGUCCAAAAUGCUACUGCAGGAAUGGCUAUGAGGUGGGAGAAGAUGGAAAGAGAUGCAAAGACUUUAACGAGUGUGCAGUAUAUGGGACUUGCAGUCAGACAUGCACAAAUACAGAUGGCUCCUACACCUGCAGCUGUGUGGAGGGCUACUUGCCUCAACCAGACAACCGUUCCUGCAAGGCCAAGAACGACCCUGUAGAUCGGCAUCCGUACCUCUUCAUAGCCAACUCACAGAACAUCCAAGCCACCUCUCUAAGUGGAGCCAAUCCCAUCUCCAUCAACACCAAGCAGACCACCGCUAUGGACUUUAUCUACGCCCAGGAGACCGUGUGCUGGAUCCACAUGGGAGACUCCCCCGCAGCCACCCAACUCAAGUGUGCCAAAUUCCCCAAUGCCAAGAGCUUCACGGAGGAGAAGACCAUCAACAUCUCCCUCAGCCUGCACCAUGUGGAGCAGAUGGCUAUUGACUGGCUGACAGGAAACUUCUACUUUGUGGAUGAUGUGGACGACCGCAUUUUUGUGUGCAGUAAAGAUGGCUUAACCUGUGUCAUCCUGCUGGACCUGGAGCUCUAUAACCCUAAAGGAAUCGCACUGGACCCAGCCAUGGGAAAAGUGUUCUUCACAGACUACGGCCAAAUCCCGAAGGUAGAGCGCUGUGAUAUGGACGGCCAGAACCGCACCAAACUGGUAGACAGUAAAAUCGUCUUCCCUCAUGGCAUCACUCUGGACUUGGUCAGCAAGCUGGUGUACUGGGCUGACGCUUACCUGGAUUACAUUGAGGUGGUGGACUACGAAGGCAAGAACCGGCACACCAUCAUUCAGGGAUUGCUGAUUGAACAUCUCUAUGGUCUAACAGUGUUUGAAAACUAUCUGUAUGCCACCAACUCUGACAAUGCCAACAUGCAGCCCAAAACCAGUGUGAUCAGAGUCAACCGAUUCAACAGUUCUGACUUCCAGGUGGUGACACGCUUAGAUAAGGGUGGUGCCCUUCACGUUUACCACCAGAGACGUCAACCUGCAGUCCGCAGUCACGCAUGUGCUCCGGAUCAGUUUGGGAAGCCAGGCGGCUGCUCUGAUAUCUGCCUGCUGGGUAACAGUCACAAGAGCCGAACCUGCCGCUGCCGUUCUGGUUUUAGCCUGGGCAGUGAUGGAAAGUCCUGCAAGAAACCAGAGCAUGAGCUCUUCCUGGUGUAUGGUAAAGGCCGACCUGGUGUCAUCCGUGGUAUGGACAUGCAUGCCAGGGUGUAUGACGAGCACAUCAUCCCCAUCGAGAACCUGAAUAACCCAAGAGCCCUGGACUUCCACACUGAGACCGAAUUCAUCUAUUUCGCUGAUGCCACCAGCUACAUCAUCGGCCGCCAGAAGAUUGAUGGCACUGAGAGAGACAUCAUAGUGAAGGAUGGUAUUCAUACAGUAGAAGGUAUCGCUGUGGACUGGAUGGGACAAAACCUGUAUUGGACUGAUGAUGGACCCAAAAAGACUAUCAGUGUGGCCAAACUGGAGAAAGCCUCUCAGACCCGCAAAACGCUUAUCGAGGGAAAGAUGACCCAUCCUAGAGCCAUAGUAGUAGACCCUUCUCAUGGAAUGAUGUACUGGAGUGACUGGGAGGAGGAGCCUAAGGAGACCAAUCGGGGCAGUAUAAAGAAGGCCUGGAUGGACGGUUCAAAUGCUGGUAUCCUGCUUACUUCUAAAACUGUGCUCUGGCCCAAUGGCCUCAGCCUGGACAUCCAGCAGGGCAUCUUGUACUGGGUGGAUGCGUACUACGACCGCAUCGAGAUGGUGCUUCUCAACACCACAGAACGCAGGACGGUAUUUGAAGGACAGGAGCUGAACCAUCCCUUUGGCCUGUGUCACUAUAAGAACUUCCUGUUCUGGAAUGAGUACCGCAGUGGAGGAAUCUACAAACUGGACCAGAACACCAAGAAGGCCACGUUGCUACGCAGUGAACGACCACCAAUCUAUGAGAUUCGCACCUAUGACGCACAACAACAGCAAAUCACAGGCUCCAACGUGUGCCGUGCCAAUAAUGGUGGCUGCAGCAGUCUGUGUCUCCUGACGCCCACUGGACGCUCCUGCGCCUGUGCCGACGACCAGAUACUAGAUACUGACAACAAGACCUGUAAAGCAAACCCUUCCUACGUGCCUCCUCCUCAGUGCCAGCCUGGAGAAUUUGCCUGUAAGAAUAAUCGCUGUAUUCAAGACCGCUGGAAGUGUGACGGGGACAAUGACUGUCUGGACAACAGCGAUGAAGCCCCUGAGUUAUGCCACCAGCACACCUGUCCCGCGGACCGCUUUAAGUGCCAGAAUAACCGUUGUAUCCCACUGCGCUGGCUUUGUGAUGGAGACAAUGACUGUGGGAAUGAUGAAGAUGAAUCUAACAGCACCUGCUUGGCACGCACGUGUCCUUCUAAUCAGUACCCAUGUGCCAGUGGCCGUUGUAUUCCUGUCUCCUGGACUUGUGACCUGGAUGAUGAUUGUGGCGAUCGCUCAGAUGAACCACCAUCUUGUGCAUAUCCCACCUGUUUCCCACUCACUCAGUUCACUUGUGCCAAUGGACGCUGCAUCAAUGUCAACUGGCGUUGUGAUAAUGAUAAUGACUGUGGGGAUAACAGUGAUGAAGCCGGCUGCAGUCACUCGUGCUCCAGUGUGCAGUUUAAAUGCAAUAGCGGCCGCUGUAUUCCAGAGUACUGGACCUGUGAUGGAGACAACGACUGUGGAGAUUACAGCGAUGAGACUCAUGCCAACUGUACCAAUCAGGCCACGCGGCCUCCCGGCGGUUGCCACACGGAUGAGUUCCAGUGCCGAAUGGACGGUUUGUGUAUUCCUAUGCGAUGGCGCUGUGAUGGAGACACGGACUGCAUGGACCUCAGCGACGAGAAGAACUGCGAGGGCGUCACACAUAUGUGCGACCCUGCCGUCAAGUUUGCCUGCAAGGACUCGGCUCGCUGUAUCAGCAAGGCCUGGGUGUGUGACAGGGACAGCGAUUGCGAGGAUAACUCGGAUGAAGAAAACUGCGAGGCUCUUGAGUGCAAGCUCUCCCACCAUGUUUGUGCCAGCAACGACUCCAUCUGCCUACCUCCUGAGAAACUGUGCGACGGCAAUGACGACUGCCCCGAUGGCUCGGAUGAGAAGCUUUGCAAUCUUUGCACGAUGGAUAAUGGAGGCUGCAGCCACAACUGUACCAUUGCUCCUGGUGAGGGCAUCCUGUGCUCCUGCCCAGCUGGCAUGGAGCUGGGUACCGACAACAAAACCUGCCAGAUUCAGAGCUUCUGCGCCAAGCAUCUCAAGUGCAGCCAGCGCUGCAUGCAGGAGAAGGCCACUGUUAAGUGUGCCUGCUAUGAAGGCUGGGCGCUCGGGCCAGACGGCGAGAGCUGCAAGAGCACUGAUCCUUUCAAGCCCUUCAUCAUUUUCUCCAACCGGCAUGAGAUCCGUCGGAUUGACUUGUACAAGGGCGAGUUCAGCGUGCUGGUGCCUGGCCUGCGUAACACCAUUGCCCUGGAUUUCCACCUCAACCAGAGUGCCCUCUACUGGACCGAUGUGGUUGAAGACAAGAUCUAUCGGGGAAAGCUGUCGGAAAACGGAGCUCUCACCAGUUUUGAGGUGGUGAUUCAGUAUGGUUUGGCCACUCCAGAGGGUCUGGCUGUGGACUGGAUCGCAGGAAACAUCUACUGGGUGGAAAGUAACCUGGAUCAGAUCGAAGUGGCCAAGCUGGAUGGUACCAUGCGUACAACACUACUAGCCGGAGAAGUGGAGCAUCCGCGUGCCAUUGCUCUUGACCCAAGAGAUGGUAUUCUGUUCUGGACAGACUGGGACGCCAGCUCCCCUAGGAUAGAGGCUGCGUCUAUGAGUGGGGAGGGCCGUCGCACCAUCCACAAAGAGACUGGGAACGGUGGCUGGCCCAACGGUCUCACUGUGGACUACCUAGAGCGCCGUAUCCUGUGGAUUGAUGCCAGAUCUGAUGCCAUCUACUCUGCCGCUUACGAUGGUUCCGGCCUAAUCGAGGUGCUCCGGGGUCAUGAACACUUAUCACAUCCCUUUGCCGUCACCAUGUAUGGAGGAGAGGUCUACUGGACGGACUGGCGGACCAACACUUUGGCUAAAGCCAAUAAAUGGACAGGACACAAUGUGACGGUGGUCCAGAGAACAAACACUCAGCCGUUUGAUCUUCAAGUGUUUCAUCCUUCUAGACAACCUCAGGCUCCCAACCCGUGUGCAGCGAAUGAUGGGAAAGGGCCGUGCUCUCACCUGUGCCUCAUCAACUACAACCAAACCUUUUCCUGUGCCUGUCCACACCUCAUGAAACUCAAGGCAGACAAGCACACCUGCUACGAGUACCGUCAGUUCCUGCUGUACGCUCGUCAGAUUGAAAUCAGAGGGGUGGACAUUGAUAAUCCCUAUUACAACUACAUCAUCUCUUUCACUGUGCCUGACAUCGACAAUGUUACAGUGGUGGAUUAUGAUGCUCUGGAGCACCGCAUCUACUGGUCUGAUGUUCGCACUCAGACGAUCAAAAGAGCCUUCAUCAAUGGGACUGGUGUGGAAACAGUGGUAUCAGCUGACCUCCAUAAUGCUCAGGGUCUAGCUGUAGACUGGGUCUCCAGAAACCUCUUCUGGACCAGCUAUGAUACGAAUAAGAAGCAGAUCAAUGUUGCACGCCUAGACGGGUCCUUCAAGAAUGCUGUAAUCCAUGGACUGGACAAGCCUCACUGUUUGGUGCUACAUCCUAUCCUGGGGAAGCUCUACUGGCUUGAUGGUGACAACAUCAGUAUGGCCAACAUGGACGGCACCAACCACACAUUACUGUUCACCAGUCAGAAAGGCCCAGUGGGUCUGUCCAUAGACUUUGACAUGGAGCAGUUGUACUGGAUCAGCUCAGGGAACAGCACCAUUAACCGCUGUAAGCUGGAUGGUUCCGGACUGGAGAUCAUUGAGGGUGUUAAAGGAAAACUCACCAAAGCUACAGCCCUCGCUAUCAUGGGAGAUAAGUUGUGGUGGGCCGAUCAGGGCACAGAUCAGAUCGGUACAUGUGACAAGAGCGAUGGAGGCAACUGGAAGGUUCUCCGAAAUAACACCUCACCCAUGAUGCAUAUGAAGAUCUACAAUGAGACUGUUCAUCAACUAGGUACCAACCUCUGCAGUAAGAACAAUGGCGACUGCUCUCAGCUUUGCUUGCCAACUUCACCAACUACAAGAGCCUGCAUGUGUACGGCUGGAUAUAGUUUGAAGAGUGGCCAACAGUCCUGUGAAGGCAUGGGCUCGUUUUUGCUCUACUCUGUGCACGAGGGCAUCCGUGGCAUCCCUCUGGACCCGUCAGAUAAAUCUGAUGCCCUGGUACCUGUGUCAGGCACCUCUCUUGCUGUGGGCAUUGACUUCCAUGCUGAGAAUGACACCAUCUACUGGGUUGACAUUGGCCUUAGCACUAUUAGCCGAGCCAAGAGAGACCAGACCUGGAGGGAGGACAUAGUGACUAAUGGCAUUGGACGUGUGGAAGGCAUUACCGUGGACUGGAUUGCAGGCAACAUCUAUUGGACUGAUCAAGGCUUUGAUGUGAUUGAGGUGGCCAGACUCAACGGCUCCUUCCGCUAUGUGGUCAUCUCUCAGGGUCUGGACAAACCUCGUGCCAUUGCUGUACAUCCAGAGAAAGGGUAUCUGUUCUGGACGGAGUGGGGUCAGUAUCCGCGUAUUGAAAGAUCUCGUCUGGAUGGUUCUGAAAGAGUAGUUCUUGUCAAUGUCAGCAUCAGCUGGCCCAAUGGCAUCUCCAUUGAUUACAAGGAGAGCCUGCUGUAUUGGUGUGAUGCACGUACAGACAAAAUUGAGCGCAUAAAUCUGGAGACUGGUGAAAACCGUGAGCUGGUGCUGUCUAGUAACAACAUGGACAUGUUUGCUGUUUCUGUGUUUGAGGACUACAUCUACUGGAGUGACAGGACGCAUGCCAAUGGCUCCAUCAAGAGAGGAAACAAGGACAACGCCACAGACAUGGUGUAUCUGAGAACAGGAAUUGGUGUACAGCUCAAAGACAUUAAAGUCUUCAACCGUGCAAGACAGCAAGGUACCAACAUCUGUAAAGUGAACAAUGGUGGUUGUGAACAGCUGUGUCUGUACCGGGGUAAUGGCAAUUGUACCUGCGCCUGCGCCCACGGCAUGCUGGCAGAGGACGGCCACAGCUGCAGGGAUUACGAUGGCUACCUCCUCUACUCGGAGCGCACGAUACUAAAGAGCAUUCACCUAUCGGAUGAAACAAACCUCAAUGCUCCCAUUAAACCCUUUGAAGACCCAGAGCACAUGAAGAACGUCAUCGCCCUUACCUUUGACUACAGGGGUGGCGGUGGAAAGGGAUCCAACCGGAUCUUCUACAGCGACAUUCACUUUGGUAACAUUCAGCAUAUCAGCGAUGACGGCUCUGACCGCAAGACCAUAGUGGAGAGUGUAGGAUCAAUUGAAGGUUUGGCUUAUCACCGGGGUUGGGACACACUAUACUGGACCAGCUACACCACCUCCACCAUCACACGGCACACUGUGGACCAGAGUCGCACUGGAGCUUUUGACAGAGACAAUGUGGUCACUAUGUCCGGGGAUGACCACCCCAGAGCCUUUGUUCUGGAUGAAUGCCAAGACUUGAUGUUCUGGACUAACUGGAAUGAACAGACUCCAAGUAUCAUGCGAGCCUCUCUUUCUGGAGCGAAUGUCCUUGUGAUCAUCGGCAGUAACAUCCGCACCCCGAACGGCCUGGCCAUCGACCACCGGGCUGAGAAAAUCUAUUUCUCAGACGCCACAUUUGACAAGAUUGAGCGAUGCGAGUAUGAUGGCAGUCGACGCUUCGUGGUGCUAAAGAACGAGCCAGUGCAUCCUUUCGGUUUGGCGGUGUAUGGUGACUAUAUCUUCUGGACAGACUGGGUGCGCAGAGCUGUGCUCAGAGCUAAUAAAUACGGCACAGAUAUGAAAGUCCUACGUGCCGACAUUCCUCAACAGCCAAUGGGCAUCAUUGCUGUGGCCAAAGACACCAAUAGCUGUGAAUUUUCUCCAUGUCUCAUCAAUAAUGGAGGCUGUCAGGACCUGUGUCUGCUCACGUCAGAAGGACGAGUCAACUGCAGCUGCCGUGGAGAGCGCAAACUACUGGGAGACAACACCUGUGUUGCGGAGAACACAACCUGCAACAGCGUGGAUGAGUUCGAAUGUGGAAACGGCGACUGUAUCGAGUACAGCCUGACUUGUGACAGUCUCGGCCACUGCAAGGACAAGUCUGAUGAGAAGCAGUCCUACUGCGCGAACCGCAUUUGUAAGAAGGGCUACCGGCGCUGCAUUAACGGACGAUGUAUCAAACACAGCUCCUGGUGUGACGGCACUGAUGACUGUGGAGACAGUUCAGAUGAGCUGCCAUGCAACAUGACUCUGUGCAGUGCUGCUGAGUUCCAGUGCAAAGACGGUUCCUGCAUCACUAACUCUAGUCGCUGUAAUCAGGUGGUGGACUGUGAGGACGCCAGUGAUGAGAUGAACUGCAGCCCCACUGACUGCUCCAGUUACUAUCUGCUUGGAGUGAAGGGCGAGACCUUUGAGCAGUGUGAGUUCACUACACUCUGCUACGCCCCCUCCUGGCGCUGUGAUGGCUCCAAUGAUUGCGGAGACUUCUCAGAUGAAAGAAACUGUCCCGAGAAAAGGAAGCAUAAUUGUCCGGUGAACUUCUUUGCAUGUCCGAGCGGCCGCUGUAUUCCCAUGAGCUGGACCUGUGACAAAGAGAACGACUGUGAGAAUGGAGCGGAUGAGUUUCACUGUGAUAAGUUCUGUGCAUCAAAUCAGUUUGAGUGUGGGAACCAUCGCUGUAUCUCCAAAUCCUGGGUGUGUGACGGUGCUGAUGACUGUGGAGACGGCACUGAUGAGGACAGCAAAUGCAAGACAAAGACUUGCAGUCCAGAGGCAUUCCAGUGUCCUGGCUCUCACAUGUGUAUUUCUCAGCGCUGGAAGUGUGACGGGGACAAGGACUGUCCUGAUGGUGCAGAUGAGGGCAUUAAGGCUGGUUGUGUGUUCAAUAAGACCUGUGAUGACUCGGAGUUCCAGUGUCAGAAUUAUCAGUGUAUUCCCAAAAACUUCAUGUGUGAUCAUGACGUUGACUGCCGCGAUGGCUCUGAUGAAUCGCCCGAGUGUGAAUAUCCCACAUGCGGACCGAAUGAUUUCCGCUGUGCUAAUGGCCAGUGCCUGAAGCAGAAGAACUGGGAGUGUGAUGGAGAGUUUGACUGUAGAGACCAAUCAGAUGAAGCUCCCAAAAACCCACUUUGCACAGACUCCGAGAGGCGCUGUAAUGACACUGCCUUCCUGUGCACCAAUGGCAAGUGUGUGAACGAGACAUUGCUGUGUGACGGUAAGAAUGACUGUGGCGACGGCUCUGAUGAGAACAACUGCUUCAUCAAUGAAUGUCUCAACAGUAAGCUGAGCGGCUGUUCACAGCUCUGUGAAGAUCUCAAGAUCGGCUUCAAGUGCCGCUGUCAUCCAGGUUUCCGUCUGAAGCAAGAUGGGAAGACGUGUGUGGAUGUGGACGAGUGCACCACCACGUACCCCUGUGCCCAGCGUUGCAUCAACACGCAUGGUAGCUUCCACUGUCUCUGUGUCGAAGGCUUUGUGCCUCGUCCCGACGACCCCACCAGCUGCAAAUCAACAUCUGAUGAGGAACCUUUCCUUAUCUUCGCCAACCGCUACUACCUGCGAAAACUCAACUUGGAUGGAUCUAACUACACAUUGAUUAAACAGGGGCUCAAUAACGCAGUGGCUCUGGACUAUCAUUACGCGGAGCAGAUGAUCUACUGGACUGACGUGACAACACAAGGAAGCAUGAUCCGUCGCAUGAACAUCAACGGCAGUAACGUGCAGGUGUUGCACAGAACCUCUCUGAGUAACCCUGAUGGUCUGGCUGUGGACUGGGUCGGGGGGAACCUGUACUGGUGUGAUAAGGGCCGAGACACAAUUGAGGUUUCCAGGCUGAACGGAGCUUACAGAAGUGUGCUGGUUAACAGCGGCCUGCGAGAGCCCAGAGCCGUGGCUCUGGAUGUGAGGAAUGGGUAUCUGUAUUGGUCAGACUGGGGUGAUGUGCCACAUAUUGGCCGCAUCGGCAUGGACGGCACAGAUCGCCACAUCAUCAUUCAAGAUAAGAUCACAUGGCCGAACGGCUUGACGCUAGAUUUUAUUAAUGACCGCAUCUACUGGGCAGAUGCUCGUGAAGACUAUAUUGCUUUUUCCAGCCUGGAUGGAUCCAACAGACACAUUGUGCUGAAUCAAGACAUCCCUCAUAUCUUUGCCAUGACUCUAUUUGAGGAGUACAUCUACUGGACCGACUGGGAGACCAAGUCCAUUAACAGAGCUCACAAAACCCUGGGCACCAACAAGACCAUGUUGAUUAGCACCCUGCACAGACCCAUGGACUUACACAUCUAUCAUCCCUCCAGACAACCUGAGGUGUCAGAUCACCCGUGUCAGGUGGAUAAUGGUGGCUGCAGUAACCUGUGUUUGCUCUCACCUGGAGGAGGCUACAAGUGUGCCUGUCCCACCAACUUCUAUCUGGCUGCUGAUGGAAAACAGUGCUUGUCCAACUGUACAGCCAGUCAGUUUGUCUGCAAGAAUGAUAAGUGCAUUCCCUUCUGGUGGAAGUGUGAUACUGAGGAUGACUGUGGAGACCGCUCAGAUGAACCUGCCGAUUGCCCCGAGUUUAAAUGCAGACCAGGCCAGUUCCAGUGUGGCACAGGUCUCUGCACCAACCCGGCUUACAUCUGUGAUGGAGACAACGACUGCCAGGACAACUCUGAUGAAGCCAACUGUGACAUCCACGUUUGCCUGCCCAGUCAGUUUAAGUGCUCGCAUCCUAGUCGCUGUAUCCCUGGAAUCUUGCGUUGUAACGGUCAGAACAACUGCGGCCAGGGAGAAGAUGAAAAGGACUGCCCUGAGGUGACCUGUGCUCCUAACCAGUUCCAGUGUGCCAUCACCAAACGCUGUAUACCACGAGUCUGGGUGUGCGAUAGAGACUACGACUGCGUGGACGAAUCCGACGAACCGGCCAACUGCACUCAGAUGAAGUGCGGUGUGGAUGAGUUCCGCUGUAAGGACUCGGGCCGCUGUAUCCCGUCCCGUUGGACAUGUGAUGGAGAGGACGAUUGUGGAGAUGGCUCAGAUGAACCCAAAGAGGAGUGUGAUGAGAGAACAUGUGAACCGUACCAAUUCCGCUGUAAGAACAACCGCUGUGUGCCGGGCCGCUGGCAGUGUGACUAUGACAAUGACUGUGGCGAUAACUCGGAUGAGGAGAAGUGCGUGCCACGUCAGUGCUCUGAAAGUGAGUUUGCCUGCACUAACGGCCGUUGUAUUGCUGGGAGGUGGAAGUGUGAUGGAGAUCAUGACUGUUCAGAUGGAUCUGAUGAGCAUGGCUGUGAUCUGAAGUGUGAGGAGGAUCAAUUCCAGUGUAAGAAUGGUCACUGUAUCCCACUUCGCUGGCACUGUGAUGCUGAUGCUGACUGCAUUGAUGGCAGUGAUGAAGCGAGUUGUGAUAUUUCUGGUGAGUAUGCAUGUCUGCUUCUUUCUGAAAUGGGCUUAUUUAUGUGUCAAAUGUCCUUUUUAAAAUACAAUCUCAAUUGGGAUUCCGAUGAUGAGAACCCUGAGGAAUGCAGAAACUUCCAGUGCCCACCCACUAGAAAUUUCCGUUGUCUGAAUAAUCGCGUAUGUCUCAGGAGUGGCAAGCGCUGUGAUGGUGUGGACAACUGCGGGGACAAUUCAGAUGAGACCAACUGUGGAGACCACACAUCCACAUGUGAUAAAGACCAGUUCAAGUGCAGCAAUGGCAAAUGCAUCAGUGCCAACCUGCGGUGCAACUUCUUUAAUGACUGUGAAGAUUACGGAUCAGAUGAGAUUGGCUGCAAGACAGACACCAUGCUGAAUGACUGUAAGAGUAACAAAUCUCUAUGUGGAGAUGGCGAUGAGGCUCACUGCAUUUCCAACGGCACAGACACAUUCUGCUCCUGCAAACUGGGUUUCCAGAGCGUUGGACACAACACCUGUGAAGAUAAGAAUGAGUGCAAGCAGUUUGGUAUGUGUUCUCACAUAUGUAACAACACCAAAGGCUCCUACAAGUGCAGCUGCCACAAAUACUUCACCAGGAUUAACAACACAUGCAAGGCUGACAGUCAAAACGUUAGUAAACAGGUCCUCUACAUUGCGGAUGAUAACGAGAUCCGCAGUCUAAAUCUUGAUAUGCGCAAGUGGGUUUAUGAGCAGACAUUCCAGGGCGACGCCAACGUGCGCAUCGAUGCCAUGGACUUGCACGUCAAGACCAACCGCAUUUUCUGGACCAAUUGGCACACGUCUGGCAUUUCCUGCUUCCAGCUGCCAUCUCCAUCCUCACCAUCAGGUCCUAUGUCUAACUCUCACCGCAACACGAGGCAGAGCGAGGGCAGUGUCACAAACCUCGAUAUUCCAGGUUUGAAGAUGCCACGUGGAAUCGCGGUAGACUGGGUGGCUGGUAACCUCUACUGGACCGAUUCGGGACGUGAUGUGAUCGAGGUUGCUCAGAUUUCAGGCCAGCACAGGAAGACGCUGAUUUCUGGCAUGAUUGAUGAGCCUUAUGCCAUUGUAGUGGAUCCUCAGAGAGGAACCAUGUACUGGACUGAUUGGGGGAAUCAUCCAAAGAUUGAGACGGCAGCCAUGGAUGGGACACUCAGACAAACCCUGGUCCAUGAGAACAUCCAAUGGCCUACAGGUCUUGCAGUGGACUACUUCAAUGAGCGUCUGUACUGGGCAGAUGUCAAGCUCUCUAUGAUUGGCAGUGUGCGUUUGGAUGGCUUUGACCCUGUUGUGGCUGUAUCCAACCUCAAAAACAACCUCCUCCACCCCUUCAGCAUUGAUAUCUUUGAGGAUUACAUUUAUGGUGUUACCUACACCAAUAACUUUGUCUUCCGGGUUAACAAGUUUGGCAAAGGUCAGACGGAGAAUCUGACCACUGGCAUCAACCACGCAACUGACAUAGUCCUAUAUCACCGCUACAAACAGCCUGAGAUGACUAACCCAUGUGAUAGGAAGAAGUGUGAAUGGUUGUGUUUACUCAGUCCCAGUGGGCCAGUGUGCACCUGCCCUAAUGACCACAUCCCUGACAACGGUACCUGUACGGGGGUGCCACCAGCGACCCAGUCCCCCUUCACUCCUACAUGUAAUGUUCAGUGCCAGAAUGGUGGCAGCUGUUUCCUCAACGCAUGGAACCAGCCCAAAUGUCGCUGCCCCACCAGUUACAGUGGAGAACGCUGUGAAAUCAACCAGUGCAGAGACUACUGUCAGAACGGAGGAACCUGCUCCCCGUCACGCACAGGUGCUCCUACCUGCCGCUGUCAGACUGGCUUCACUGGCCCCAAAUGUAACCUGCAUGUUUGCAACAACUACUGCCAGAAUGGGGGCAACUGCACUGUCAACCAGGGCAACCAGCCAACCUGCCGUUGUCCAAAGGGCUUCUUGGGUGACCAGUGCCAGUACAGUCAUUGUGAGGACUUCUGUAAGAAUGGAGGUACUUGUAUGGAGAUGAUGAACGGCACUAAACAUUGCCAGUGUUCUGAGUUGUACUUUGGUCUGCAAUGUGAGCUGAACAAGUGUGAAUACUGUGGCACGGGCAAGUGUGAAGUGCUAGGCAGCGGGAUAACAUGCAAAUGCGCUAAUGACAUCCAGCGGCCUACGUGCUACACCUGUGAUGACUUCUGCAUUGAGGGCCAGUGUUCUGUAGACCCUCAUACUAUGCUGCCACAGUGCAGGUGUCACACAGGCUGGUCAGGUUUCCGCUGUGAGCUCAAUGUCGCCCCUGUUCAAAACUCAGACUCUGGAAGUACUCCAUCAGUGGUCAUCCCAGUGGUGUUACUGCUCUUACUUGCACUGUUAGUGGUUGGUGCCAUCUUGUGGUACAAGAAGAGAAUGCGUGGCGCUAAAGGAUUCCAGCACCAGAGGAUGACCAACGGAGCCAUGAACGUUGAGAUCGGGAACCCGGCGUACAAGAUUUACGAAGGAGAGCCUGACGAUGACGCAGGGGAGCUUCUGGACUCUGAGUUCACUCUGGAUCCAGAUAAGCCCACAAACUUCACCAACCCCGUAUACGCCACACUCUACUUGGGCGCCCAUAACAGCCGUAACUCUCUGGCCAGCACAGACGAGAAGAAAGAGCUGCUGUCUGCAGGAGACGACGACAUGGGAGACCCGUUGGCGUAGAGUCACGGCCGGAUGCCUGCCCUCACACAGACCGUUAUGCCUUUACAUGUCAAAGGAAAAGCAACAAGAGCAGGAACACUGUACAAAAUGUACAAAAAAAAAAAAACACAAAAAAGACAAAAAUGAAGGACACUUUUGUAUGUGAUCGCAGUAUUAUAUUUUAUUCUUCGAGAAAUCCUUCUGGUCAACAAAAGAAAGCAUUUUCUAUACAUUUAUUUUUUCUUUCCUUUCCCUGUUUUUUUUUUAUUUUUCAGACGUUUGCAUACCUAAUUUCUCACCCUUCCCCUCCAUUUAGCCACUACCUCUGUGCUCAACAAGAUGCCAACAACAAUAUGGGAAAUGUUUUUUUUUUUGGUUUUAAGUUUAUUUUUGUAUGAAUUGUAUAGAGAUUAAUGUUUCUUUUAGGAAAAGCAAAAUUGCCAAGUGUUGCUAAUGAAAUGUAAGGGAGGGGGGCAAGGCCGACUGAAUGAUACUGAUGCUGACUCGGCCCGUGUGUGAUUUCAGAUGGCUGAGAACGAAUAUACUUGCGUGAGUGUUGCGAGACGUGGAUGAGUCAGCAUCGCUUUUAUUUCUAUACUGUUAUCUCAAAGAACAACGCUUACGAUGAUUGUCAUACUCCUUGCACAGAUUGAUUUUAUAUAUAUUUACAUAUAUAAUUAACAAAGUGUCUUGACAAAUAUACCCAGGAAUACAAGCAGACACCUGUACGAAUAGCAGUAUAACUGUCUUUGUUUUAGCUUUGUUUUUUUAAUGGAUGAAAAGAUGUGGAUUGAAUGAACGAUUGAGUGAAUCCAAACGGAUGGUAAAUGUAAGGUCAUUCCAGAACUGUUUCCAGGGUAUGUAAGCGGUACGUCCAAAGGAUGUGGGCCUCAUCUGAUGCCAUGUCUUCCAGUACGCCGGAAACAGCCAGGAGAAACGUGCAGAUGAUUGUCGUCUGCUCUCGGUCGGUGUGGAUUCGACAGAACCAUUCCAUACCACUUCAGUGGAAGCUGUAUGUCACUUUUAGUUCACUAGUUUGUCUUAUGGACUUUGUGCUCAGUGUAAGUGCAUUCCUGUGAGGUUCGUGUGGAUCCAGUAAUAACUCACUGCCUUGCUGCUACUCUUCCCAUCAUUCUCAUCUGCCUGACCAGUAGAGAGACGCAGCCAGCCCUGCUUGCGGCCGAGCGUCCACUGCUUCAUGGAUCCAACAGCUCAUAAAGACUAGCGUCGGCUCAACAGAUACAUGUUAACAGUAUUCAUCCGAGCAUCUGGACUUAACGUAAAGUGUCUGCUCUGUUUAUGAUCAAAUGUAAUUUAGUACGGCCCCCAGUGGCCUUUUACUGUCACAGAUGACUAGUGUCACAACCCUGCAACAGUUUCUGUAGUUUUGUUGGUUAAUUUUAUUUUUAUUUUUUUUAUAUAUAUA